AUGGCCUGGCGCUGGACCCGGGCGGUGCUGGUGCCCGGGUUUCCAAGCAGGGUGCAGCAGGUUCGUGGACACUUACACUCUGCCAGCCUGCAGAAGUUCUUCACAAACAAGACACACAAGAAGUACUGCGAAAACUGCGGUAAGCCGAGCGCACUUCUUUUGGAGCGCUGUUCUUACUGCGGAGAGGCUCUUAGUGACUCGCAAAUCGCUGCAAUGGGUCGGGAUCCGCUGCUGGAGGCAGUUUUGGAUGCCGGGACUUCAGACUUCGACGAGCUGUAUCGCUCCUUCGAACUGUUGGUGCUGAAGCACCGCUAUCCCGUUGGCAGGGAACACCUCUUGGUGAUGCCCAAGGACACUUGUUACGACCUUCGACAGCUGCGGCGGCGCCAGGUGCCCUUCUUGAAGAAGAUGUAUCAGAAGGGAAUGGAGUGCCUUCGGAGCCUGUGCAUGUUGCCCGAGGAGGCACCCGACCCGCCGGUGGCCUGCGGCUUCUCCUAUCCAGCUGACUACAACCACCUGCACCUUCACUUGGUUGCGGCGCCCUUCACUCGCCUGGAGCUAUUUGCCAGGCGGCGAGGAUAUCCACACUCGGACGUCCAGCCUUCUUUAUUGCCCGUGUUCUAUCCGCUGCCCGAAGUGGAGGUGCAGCUGCAGAAGAAGGGAAUCGUCCGGCCGCAUCCGGCACUGGAUUUAGCAGGUGAGGAGGCGCAGAGUCAGUGGAUCUCCCGGCUUGACAGCCAGGGUCGCCAGGGAUGA